UCUAGCGUCUCCUCGAUUCUUGAUUCUUCCCACAGAAAGCAAGCACAGCGCCAGGUAAGUAGAGCAUAUUCCUUCGUAUGGCAUCUCGCUGUGCCCAGUUGGCUCACAGCUUCUCCGCAUACCCCGCUCAUUUAGGAUCGUUCCGACUCCAUAAAUGAUGUUUCCAGAACUAGUGCUUGUAACUCUCGCGAGGUAUCACUUUAGCUCUCUAUUCUUCACGCAACGAAUGAAAUCGGUAGCAUAGCUUCCGGGUAGUUGAGGCUGCUAUCGUCUGCGAAACAUGACGAAUUCUUUUCAUCUUGAACUCCCAUGGACGCCAUAGCCUCUCAGCAGCUUUUGACUCGACUCAAAAGUCGCCUGUGAAACAUGAGCUGAGUUCUUAUCAUCUUGAACUCCCAUGGACGCCAUAGCCUUCCAGAGCGGCUCGUCCGCUCGCUUGGAGAAACUGACCAGUCCGCGUGACCCUCGCUCUCCAUCUGGCAAGUCGAUCUGGCGAGGGGAGCAGCAGCAGCAGCACUAUAACCGAUACCAGCAGCAACUGGAAGAGCAGCAGCAGCAGCAGCAGCAGCAGCAGCAGCAGCUGCUGCGCCAGCAGCUUCAACAGUUGCAGCGGGAUCGUCAUCAGCAGCUUCUGGAAUCGAGAGCCGAGAGACUGCAGAGGGAGCUGCAGGCAGUAUUGGUCGCAGAUGUAGACAGAGACUGCACGUUCCAGCUGGAGCUCAUGAGCCAGCUGGACCAAUGGCAUGCCCUUCAUGAGAAAGCUCAAACGACGUCCCCAAGAUCCGUGGAGGGGACUGGAGCCUCAAGCGCCCAACCUUCCAACGUCCACCUGCUGGAGCUUGACCAGUCUCCUGAGGCCACGUGUCCACCUGAGGGGGCAGCGUCUGCCCGAGCUGAGGUCGAAGAUAGGGCAGCAGGGGGUGAAACGCGGGUAGCAGAGGUUGAUACGCGGGCAGCAGAGGGUGAUACGCGGGCAGCAGAAGGUGAUACGCGGGCAGCAGAAGGUGAUACGCGGGCAGCAGAAGGUGAUACGCGGGCAGCAGAAGGUGAUACGCGGGCAGCAGAAGGUAAUACGCGGGCAGCAGAGGGUGAAGAGCGGGCAGCAGCAUCUGAAACACGAGCAGCUAAAGCAGCGGAAGUAGAGCAACAGCUAGAAGCGGCAGUCCCUGGAGAGGCGGCUUUAAAACCGCUCCUGCAGCUGCUGCAACGGCACGAGCUGGAGGCGACGGCAGCAGAGCUGCAGGAGAAAUUAAACGUAGGAGCGUCCAGGGACGCUGCUUUCGAAGCGUUCCUGCAGCUGCAACGGCAAGAGCUGGCGGCGAAGGCAGCAGAUCUACAGGCGAAGUUAAACGCAGCAGCUACCAGAGAGGCGGCUUUCGAAGCGUCCCUGAUGCUGCAGCGAGAAGAGUCAGCGGGGAAGGCCACAGAGCUGCAGGAGCAAUUAAACGCUGCAGCUGUGAGAGAAGCCUCUUUUGAAGCGUCCCUGCAGUUGCAACGGGAAGAACUAGAGGCGAAGGCAGCAGAGGCCCUGGCGGCGCAGGCGGGAAUGGCGGAGAGGAGGAGGGUGCGCGCUGCUGAGAUGGCUGCUGGGCGAUUGGCGGAGGUGGAGGGACGGCUGGGGGAGGUGGAGAAGGAGAAGGAGCGGGUGGGGAGGAAUUUGGCUCGGUUGCAGCAACACCUGCUGGAUAGGGAUGCUGACGAGACCCUGCGCCUGGAGCGAGAGGCGGAGCGGAUCUGCCAGCUGGAGUGCCAGCUGGCGGAUAAGGCGAGGGCGCUCGGCCAAUCAGAGUGCGAGAGGGUCGUUCUGGAGCGACAGCUGGCGGAUAAGGCGAGUCAGCUCGGCCAAUCGGAGCGGGUGAGAGCCCAGCUGGAGCAGCAGCUGAGGGAAAGGAGCAGGGAGGUCUGGGAGGCUCGGAUGCAGCUGGUUCGGCUGCAGGCUCGAGCCGAGCCUUCAGGGCACGCUGGGGAGUUGGAUUUGCAGGAGGGAGACUUAUUAGAGGGAGGAGACAUUGGUGGAGAGUUAAGGAGAGUGGGAGAGGAAGAGGAAGAGGAGAGUGGGAACAAGGAGAAGCAGAUUGGAAUUCAAGGCAUGAGAAGAAAUGGAGGAGAGGGUGGUGAUGGUGUUAGUAGGACUGCUGGGGAUGGGCCACGUAUUGUGUUACCAGAUGCGUCACCAAGCGGGUUACGAGAGACGUUACCAGGCGGGGCGCCCGGCGUGGCACCAGGCCUGUUACCAGAUGUGUUACAGCAGGUGAUGGAGGCGGCUCAUCGGCCCAUAGUAAUGGGCCACCGCAUGUGCGUGCAUGCUGAGGUGCUGGUGAGGGAUCCACCUAUGCACGAUGGAGACGCCUCAUCGCGUGCUGAUGUGGCAUGCCAUCAUGGAUCACAUGCUGAUGUGGCAUUUUAUGAUGCGUCCCAUGCUGAAAUGGCAUGCUCUUCCGUGGCCCAGCCUAUUGGUCCAUGCGGAUGCGCGUCAGGAGCAGCAGGAGCAGGAGCAGCAGGAGCCAUAGGCGAAGCAGGUGCAGCAGCUUUAGUUACUGCAGCAGCGCCAGUUACUGAUGCACGUGCUGCAGACGCUCCCAGUGCUGCAACGUCAGCUUUUUCCAAGACAACUCAAGAGUUUGCUCCAGCGGCGGAGUGCUCAUUGGCACAGACAUCACUGAAAGCAGCGGCUGCUGCAGCAAGAGAAAUCGCGGCAGCGAGAGAAAUUGCGGCAGCAUCAGCGUUCCAACAACCAUCACCACCAUCACCACCAUCACCACCAUCACCAUCCCCGCCCCCAUCCCCAUCCCCAUCCCCAACCCCAUCCCAAUCCCCAUCCCCAGCAGCAGCAGCGGCAGCAGUAGCAGCAGUGAGCUUGCGCCACGGGCUGCCCUUUCAAGCCCUACUGGCCACACAAGACGAGACAGCUCCAACGGUAAAAGGGGUAGAGACGUUAGGAGAGAGUGGUGGAGCGCACGAAAGCCGGCACUCGUCCUCCCCGUCGCUCGGUUCUCAGGCGGCCCAUGAGGCCCGAAGCUUCGAGGCGCCGCGAUCCGGCGCAGAAGAGCAGCGCUCGGACUGCUCUCUGGAUUGCGGCGAGGAGAAGGAGAGGCUGGCGGUGGAAAAGGCUUGGAUGGUGGAGGAGAGGGUGACAGCAGAGGAGAGGAGCGCGAGGGCGGCUGAAGAGAUCCGAGUGUUGCAGGACAACCUGCAGGAAACAGAGUCCGUAUGCUGGCAGCGACAGGCUCAGCUAGAGCAGGCGUUAUCUGAGGUGGCAGAGGGCAGGCGGGAGAGGGGGGUUCUAGAGGAGGAGCUGCUUCGGCUGCAGUGCGCUUUGGAUCAGUGUAUGCUGCGACUCAAUAGCGAUUCUGCUUAUAUGGUGGACAGAGACACUCGGAUUCUGUUGCCGCAUGUGUUGCCGUUGCUAUCGCCAUGGGGACAUCUUUUGUUGCAACUCAACUUCCGGUUAUUGGUGCUUGACAUCAUGUGUCGGAUACUCGAGUGCUCCAAGGACGAACGGCAGCAGCUAGAGUCAGCAGCCUUCCGCCCCACCCUCACCAGAAGCACCAGUUUCAAACCCAAAGGGCCUGCCCGGCAGCAGGGAAGCAGCAAGGGCAGCAGCAGGGGAGGAGUUUUCGGGCUGCCCGGCCGGAUUGCGGGCGGGCUGUUGGGGGGGAAUAGGAGAGGAGUGGAGAACGUGGGAAGGGCCGGGAAGGAACUUGAGGGGCAGCAAGAGGCAGGGAAAAAGUCAGGGACAAAAAGCCCCGGGUCCUUCACUGACCUCUGGGUAGAUUACCUGGUGAAGGAGCCCGAGGAGCAGAGGGAGCAGAGGGAGCAGAGGCAGGGACAGCAGACUAGCCAUAGUGCUCAUGCCAGCAGCAGGAGCUCUCUCUCUCAAGCGAGCAGUAGUCCCGAGAGCGACUCCCACACUCACUCGUUCAGCGAACAGCUUCUAUCCCCGCCAAACGCAGCCUACACUACCAGACAGAGUUUGCCGCCCAGAUCCCCAUCCAACUGGCAUCAGCAGCAGCAGCAGCAGCAGCAGCACCAGCAGCACCAGCAGCACCAGCAGCACAGGCAUCAUCAGCACCAGCAGCAGAAGCACACCCGAUCGCCCUCUUAUCCCUCAAGAUCCCCCUCGUUCCCGCCCAGGUCCCCCUCCUAUGAUCCUAGGUCCCCUAGUUGCCCAUCUCCUGGAUUCUCUCCUCGCUCGCCGGGCAGCCCGUCAAAAGUUCCUGGGCAUGCAGCACUGCUUUUCUCUCGAGGCAGCCCACCCCUCCGAUUUUCAAGCUUGUCUCCACGCUCUCCUUAUGCUGCACAUUCUUCUCUGGGCAGUCCGGCUUUGUAGGCUCUCUUGACAUGUUUGUGGAAAAUAUAUCAGAACUGCUACACCUGGAAUUUCGACUUUCUGGGUUUGUCCUGAAUGUGAUGGAUGAUGGGUUCCACUUCUCUUGUUGUCGCUUCCCUUGCCAUAUUGGAUGUAUGAUACAUUGGAGUUCCAUUUCUAGAGUGGAAAACUUAAAAAUAAAUUGUGAUAAAUAGG